AUGUCUUGGAAAAGAAACUAUUUUUCAGGGGGCCGUGGUAGUGUCCAAGGGAUGUUUGCACCUCGAAGCUCAACCUCCAUAGCCCCCAGCAAAGGCCUCAGCAAUGAGCCAGGACAAAACAGCUGCUUCCUCAACAGUGCCCUGCAGGUUUUAUGGCACUUGGACAUCUUCCGACGUAGCUUUAGGCAGCUUACAACUCACAAGUGCAUGGGCGAUUCCUGCAUCUUUUGUGCUCUCAAGGGAAUCUUUAACCAGUUUCAGUGUAGUAGCGAAAAAGUGCUUCCAUCUGACACUCUCCGCAGUGCUCUGGCAAAGACUUUCCAGGAUGAACAGCGUUUCCAGCUGGGAAUUAUGGAUGAUGCUGCAGAGUGCUUUGAAAACCUCCUGAUGAGAAUUCACUUCCACAUUGCUGAUGAAACCAAAGAGGAUAUAUGUACUGCCCAACACUGCAUCUCCCACCAGAAAUUUGCAAUGACAUUGUUUGAACAGUGUGUGUGUACUAGCUGUGGUGCCACUUCUGAUCCGCUGCCUUUCAUCCAGAUGGUGCAUUACAUCUCCACUACUUCCCUUUGCAAUCAGGCUAUUUGUAUGCUGGAAAGGCGAGAAAAACCCUCACCAAGCAUGUUUGGUGAGCUGCUGCAAAAUGCCAGCACCAUGGGAGAUCUGCGGAACUGUCCGAGCAACUGUGGAGAAAGGAUUCGGAUUCGCCGUGUGUUGAUGAAUGCUCCACAGAUUAUCACAAUCGGGCUGGUAUGGGACUCAGACCACUCAGACUUGGCAGAGGAUGUCAUUCACAGCCUGGGUACCUGCCUUAAGCUGGGUGAUCUAUUUUUCAGAGUGACAGAUGACCGGGCCAAGCAGUCUGAACUGUACUUAGUAGGAAUGAUCUGUUACUAUGGCAAACAUUAUUCUACAUUCUUUUUCCAAACAAAAAUCCGCAAAUGGAUGUAUUUUGAUGAUGCUCAUGUCAAGGAGAUUGGGCCUAAAUGGAAGGAUGUGGUGACCAAAUGCAUCAAGGGGCAUUAUCAGCCUUUGCUACUGCUUUAUGCAGACCCCCAGGGAACCCCAGUGUCCACCCAGGACCUGCCUCCCCAAGUUGAGUUCCAGUUAUACAGCAGGACAUGCUAUGAUAGUGAAGAUUCAGGGAGGGAGCCCUCCAUCUCAAGUGACACUCGAACAGAUUCCUCAACGGAGAGCUAUCCCUACAAACACUCCCACCAUGAGUCUGUGGUCAGUCACUUCUCUUCUGAUUCUCAGGGGACAGUCAUCUAUAAUGUGGAGAAUGAUUCCACGUCUCAGAGCAGUCGGGACACAGGUCACCUGACUGAUAGUGAAUGUAAUCAGAAACUCACAUCCAAGAAAGGGUCACUGAUAGAACGCAAGAGGAGCUCUGGCCGGGUUAGGAGGAAAGGCGAUGAGCCACAGGCCUCGGGGUACCACAGUGAAGGAGAAACACUGAAAGAGAAACAGGCUCCUAGGAAUGCCUCUAAACCAUCCAGCAGCACCAAUAGACUAAGAGAUUUUAAAGAGACAGUUAGCAAUAUGAUUCACAACAGACCAUCCCUGGCUUCUCAGACCAACCUAGGAUCUCCCUGUGUGGGGAAGGGAGGAGACCAGACUGACAAAAAGCCUCCUAGGAACCUGUCUUUACACUCUCGUGACUGGGAAGUAGAGAGUACCAGCAGUGAGUCAAAAUCCAGUUCUUCUAGCAAGUAUCGUCCAACGUGGAGACCCAAACGGGAGUCUCUGAAUAUUGACAGUAUCUUUAGUAAGGACAAAAGGAAGCAUUGUGGCUAUACCCAGCUUAGCCCCUUUUCUGAGGAUUCAGCUAAAGAAUUUACACCAGAUGAACUAAGCAAGCCACCUGCUUACGACCUUAAAACUGGUGGACCAAGCCCCCAAUACAAGCCCUGGGGCCCAGCACGGCCAGGCUCUCACCUUUUAGAACAGCACCCUCGCCUAAUACAGCGAAUGGAAUCUGGCUAUGAGAGCAGUGAGAGGAACAGCAGCAGCCCUGUCAGCCUGGAUGCAGCCCUGCCUGAGAGCUCCAGUGUCUGCAGGGAUCCAAGUGCUAAGAGAUCAGCUGGGUUGGCACCUUCCUGGCGUCACAUCCCAAAGUCUCACAGCAGUAGCAUACUGGAGGCAGACUCCAUAGCAUCCAGGAGUAGCUGGACAAAGAAUCAGCCCCUCUCAGGUGGGGAGAUAUCUUCCAAAAGCGAACUGGAUGAACUGCAGGAGGAAGUGGCCAGGAGGGCCCAGGAACAGGAACUUCGAAGGAAACGGGAGAAGGAAUUAGAGGCAGCUAAAGGGUUUAAUCCUCAUCCCAGCCGCUUCAUGGACUUGGAUGAACUGCAGAAUCAGGGGAGGAGUGACGGCUUUGAGAGGUCCUUGCAAGAGGCAGAUUCAGUAUUUGAAGAGUCGCUGCAUCUGGAACAGAAGGGAGACUGUGCUGCAGCUUUGGCUCUCUGUAACGAAGCUAUCUCUAAACUAAGACUUGCCCUGCAUGGUGCCAGCUCUAGCACGCACAGCAGAGCCCUAGUCGAUAAGAAGUUGCAAAUCAGUAUUCGAAAAGCACGGAGCCUGCAGGAGCGCAUGCAGCAGCAGCAAUCAUCGCCGCGGCCGUCGCAGCCCUCAGCCUGCCUCCCCUCGCAGGGGGCAGCCCUCCCUCAGCCAACAAGUGAACAGCCUAUCCCGCUCCAAGUAUUGUUAAGCCAGGAGGCUCAACUGGAACCCUGCACGAAUACAGAGUUUGGGGCCAGUUCUUUCAUCCACUCACCUGCUUCCUGCCAUGAGUCACACUCAUCACUAUUCCCAGAGUCAUCUGCCCUGUCUGCCUCACAGCACAAUUCCCCUAGUAGGUCUGCCUCAAACCUUCUGACUUCAGUUGAGGAGGACAGCAUCGACCCCUAUGCACUCCACAGGCAGGCCUUACCUAAAACACCAGGGGGGACUGAGAAGAAUGCUCAUUAUGGUUGGGAACCAUUGGAUGUACCACAGGGUAAGCUGCAAGGCUACAGGGGUGACAACAGCAGCUGUACCAGGUUCCCCCCACAAGAAGGAAGAGGCUUUGAUCAAGAACAGCUAUUCCAAGAAAAGAGGGAUCCUGCUGUCUCAUCCCAGGUGAUACCUUGGUCACACUCAACUGGAACAGAUACCUCUGAGAGAGGAGAUGCACACAGCUUAGGCUGUACUCCUUCAAGUUCAUCAGCUCAGCCCAGCCUUCCCCUGUACAGGGCCUGCCACCCCAUAAUGCCUGCUGCAUCCUCACCUAUGCUUCACUCUCCUGAUACUGUGCAGAAAACUAAUCAAUGCCUCCAAGCCAAAAGCCUCAAAACUUUGUUGACUUCAAAAGUGGAUGGAGGCAGUGAGGAUCCCUAUAGGCCAGAGUUUCCCAGCACAAAGGGGCUUGUCCGCUCACUAGCAGAGCAGUUCCAGAGGAUGCAAGGUGCCUCCACAAAGGAUGGCACAGGUUCCCAGGAUAGAAGUUUGACAGAUAGUCUAAGGAAGAACUCUUCCCCUUCUGACUCUAAGCCUCCCUUCCUACAGGGUCAAGGGAAAGGCCAUUGGCCUUGGGCAAAACAACAAUCCUCCUUGGGUGGUAGGGACAGACUACCUUCCUGGGAAGAGCCUGCUGAUUAUCCUUCUCUUGCCAUAUACUCUGGGCUGCCUAAUAGUGAAACUUCUAGGGGAAGACAGCCCAGGUUGGCAGAACCAAGCAUGAACCAAGGAAAGCCAUCUCAAGUGAGAGAUGCUAGGCCUAAGGAACUGGGCAACAGUGUCGACUUGGGGACUUCCUUACCUUUGGACUCCUGGGUGAAUGUCACAAGGCUCUGUGAUUCUCAACUUAAACAUGGGGUCCCUGGGCCAGGAAUGAAGUCCUCCCCCCACGAUUCCCAUACCUGUGUAGCCUAUCCCGAAAAAAACCACAUCCUUUUGCAUCCACAUUGGAACCAAGACACAGAGCAGGAAACCUCAGAAUUGGAGUCUCUCUACCAAGCCAGUCUUCAGGCUUCUCAAGCUGGCUGUUCUGGAUGGGGGCAGCAAGAUGUGGCCUGGCACUCAUUUAACCAAACAGGCUCUGCAGAUGGUGUGGGGAGGAGGUUGCACUCAGCCCCUGGCCUUGGUCUCUCAAAGACCCCAACAGCAGAAAUGGAGCACAGUCUCCAUGAAGCCAGCACAGUGCCUGCUUCUCAGGCUGCACCUUGCCAAGGCCCCAGGAAGGAAUAUGGGGAGGAUGAUCGGUGCGGUGUAGAGAACUUUCACUGCAUCUCACACAGACUUAGUGGCACCGUUGUCUCAGAGAGGGACGAGACUCCAGUCUCUUCCCACAGUUUUGAUGCAUCAAAUGCGAGGAAAAAGCCUUUGGAAACCGGGCACCGUUGUUCCAGCUCCUCUUCCCUCCCUGUCAUCCAUGAUCCUCCUGUGUUUCUCCUUGGUCCCCAACUGUACCUACCCCAACCACAGUUCCUGUCCCCAGAUGCCUUGAUGCCCAGCAUGGCAGGGGAGCCCCAUAGAACCCCAGGAACUUCGAGGACUGUCCAGCAGUUUCUGGCUAUGUGUGACAGGAGUGAAACUUGCCAGGGGAUCAAGUACACAGGAAGAACUCUGAACUACCAGAGUCUCCCCCAUCGUUCCAGAACAGAUGCCUCUUGGGGGCCAUGGUCAGAGACCAGCCAGCAUAUUGGAGCCAGAUUCCUGAGUAUUCCAGGAUGCAAGCCUCAGCCGACACACACUGCCACACUACCAGAAAGGCGCCAGGGCCUUCAGGUUCCUCAUGCUCAGUCCUGGGGUGAUCUUUUCCAUUCUUCCUCCCACCCUCCCAUUGUUUACCCUGUGUCUCCACCAUCAAGCAGUCUUCAUGUACCCCUGAGGUCAGCUUGGAAUUUGGGUCCUGUUCCUGGGUCUCGAGGCUCUGGUCCUCGAAGAGUAGAUAUGCCCCCAGAUGAUGACUGGAGGCAAACCAGAUAUGUCCCACAAUCUGGGCAUAGGAGGACAAGGGGAGAGGAGUUUUUGUUUGUUCUAGCAGAUGCUCCUGGAAGAGAGCAGAUAAGGGCAAGAGCCCUGCAGCACAAUAGGUGGUAAGGGUCACCCCUUUCCUUUCCCGGAGCCACAGCUUUCUCCGUUAAACUGUACUGUGGAGGAGUUAGCACCCUGCAUCCGUGCCAGGGUUGUGCUAGUCUCAUCUCAACAUAGAGUCAGUAGUUUCUUCUAGGGGUACCUGGAACCCCUAAAAAGACCUGGCUCCUUGAGAG